AUGGACUACGAACCCUCCGACAAUUUCUUUGGUGACCCAGACCCCCCAGGGAACUCAAGGAACCCGGGGAAACCUGGGGAAGACGGAAACCCUGGGUACGGCGGGGACGAUGAAGGCCUCUGGGAUAACUUAUCGUCUAUGGGACAUCAAGUGGCUAUGCACGUGCUAUCCAUGGACUCUGCCCGUCUUCUCCGGCAUCAGUAA